AUGCCACCUAGACAUAUCCGUAUAAACCAUUCUAAGAAAUCUAAUAAAAAAACCAAACCACCCUUUAAAUAUAAUCUAAGUACCGAUUAUUUUUGGGUUAACACACUUCUCAUUUCUGUUCCUGUCAAAAUAAAUGAUAGUGGCAUUAGUUUUUCUGUUUUCAUAGAGAUAGCUCUCAUUCAAUGUAAAGCGAAUAGUAAAGAACGGAAUAACGUCCUCGAUCAUAAUAAAAUAAGAUCAACUAAAGUUUUAUCUAAUCACUUGGUUGCUUUAAAUGCACCUCCAUCUAUGGCCACUAUGUGGUUCUUUGGAACCACAUCUGAUUUUAGUAAAGAUGCCGAAAUAAGAAAAGUUACAUUUGAAUAUGCUAUUGAGUAUAAAGAAUUAGCUCCUGGAGCAAACAUAUCAGAUAAUAAACCAGAUAAUGAUUACUCCAUAUAUUUUGAAAACGGAGAGGUGGUGUUUAAAAAUUAUAAAAGAGAUUUAACAUCUGAUAUAGUAAUAAUAAAUUUAAAUGAUGAUUGA